CUUGAAUACAAUUUCACUCACAGAAGCCGUAAUUGUAACUUCAGGUUAUGUAUGCUUUACUGGAUUUAGUAUGAAUAAGUAAAAUGUUUUAUGUUUUAGUUUGUUUUAAAAACAUUUCCGAUACUUUUUUCAGGUAUAUAUCUACCACUAACAGGUACCAAGACGACCAGUUGGGUGUGGUUAAUUAUUUUCCUUGUCUGUGUUGCGGUGUUAAUUAUAUUCGUAAUUGUGAUAAUAUGUCUGCAUCUGCAAUGCAAGAAAAUGGAGACAAAGAAAGCACGAGAGAAGAAAAUACUUAUCACAGAGGACCAUCCACUAGGAGAAAUGUCUAUAGCGCUGGAUGCGCCUGCAUCGAUGGAAAGAGUUCCGGAAGGAUACAUUGACGUAAAUAACGAGUUGUUCAUAUCUCCAAAAACAUUUAAAAAGAAAGAUAUGAUGAACCCGAUGAAUGAAACGUCGAUGAAUCUUAAUUUCAAAGAGAAAUCUUGGGUUGGACUCACGCCAAGAAAGAGCAUCGUAGGCAUGCAGUCGAUCAUGGAUCCAUUCUCUGAAAUGGAUAGUGGGGUAGUGCUACCUAUCAGUUCUCUAGGUAGUAAAACUGCGAGAAGCAUGAGGUCGCCAAGUAAACGGAAAUCAAUUCAGUACAACAGCGCAAGGACACCUCGCCCAAUGCUAAACGGUGAUGUAAGGGAACCUCUUGCAAUAACCGACGGACGGAUGCCGUAUCCUGUAGUCGGGGCUGAUGAUGAGGCUGAAACAAAGUCUUUCAAAAGGGAGAAAAGCUUUAGCAGGGAAGCAAUGACCCGGAGUAAGAGCAUAUAUGCACCAAGCGUCCAGGCGCCAAGUGUGCGCGCGCCAAGUGUGCACGCACCAAGUCUGAAAGCUAUGAGUGUACAUGCGCCGAGUGUGAAAGCUCCUAGUGUUGCUGCUAAAAGCACAAAAAGUGUAAAUAGCAAUAAAGCAUUGAGUGUGCGGACGAAUAUAAGUAGAAAACCAGCGGUACCAAAACUUACACGAAGUGUUUCACAAACGAGGCUGGGAUCAGUGACCAAACGAUCACCGAGAAAAAAUAUGAAUCGAAGCAAAACAACGGUGAUGCCAUUAGAAGCGAAUGAUCCAUAUGAAGGUGGAAUGACCGAUUUUAUGAAUGCUGAAAUGUCCAACUGGGGAGACGCUUCACAAACCGCCCGCUCCAGACGGUCUUCACGAACAACAAAGACCGUGGCAAAAUCAAGAACAUCGACUAGAGGCUCUCCAAGAAAGUCUAUACAAUCAAAGAUGACUGGCAUUCCGAACUACUUCAAAGCAAUAUCUGUAAAGUAGCGCGCAGUAAUAGAGAAACACAAUUGAAACAGAAGUUUGAUUAAACUAUGAAAUUGUACAUUGUCGUACUAAACAUUUUUGUGUGUGAACUGAAACACAGAAACAAGGGCAUAUGUUGAUAGCGGGAUAAUUUUAAAAGCGAAAGGAAAACAUAGACACGUGUCUUUUCUGCUCUUGUUUCGUGAACUUGUAGAAUGGAGUGUUCUUCACUUGGUUGUUAUCCAUGCCUUGAAAUCAAAGUGAAAUGAAGCGACAGGAAUAUUGUCAAUUUAGAUAAGGCGAAAUUGUCGCAGAUUUUUUUAUAUUUUUAUUUAAAGAAUAGGUGCGUUUCUAAUCGCGAAUUUUUGUGAAGUCUCGUGAAAACAUACGAUAAGAUGACUAUGCAGUUUUCAUUAUUUUUUGCUAUAGGAUAAACAGAUUGUUUCAGUAGCAGGCUUGCUAAUAUUGUAACUUUUAACUAGUAGGAAAUAGAGAAGCAAAGUUGCUGUUGGUUGAAUGUUCGGUCGUUAUAUGAAAUUCAGCAUUCUGUAUAAAAAAUUUGAUAAAUUUCCUACUCAGAAAUCAUUUAUGUCUUUAUCAGUGAAAAAGAAGUCCCGGUACAUGUCUUCAGAGGAAUUUCUGACCGAAGAGGAAAAAUAUAAUCAGUUUGUUGCGGGGGAAUCUGACCAACCCUCAAGUUAACUCCGCCCCAGUUAAGGGAUCAGCCGGCCGCAGCCUGCAAGAUGAAUACAACGAAAUGCUGCGAAGGAGCGACCCUCUUUCUAGUUUUCGGCGAACUGCAGCGACUAAGAAACCAUGGCAUUAAUAGGGAAUUCUUUCCUUUAGCUUUUAUGAUUAAUGGAGAAAAAAUAAAAGCGGUUAAACAACCUCAGUCCAAAGUAAAAAUACUUAGUAACCCAUUUAGAUACAAAUCUUGGUGCAUAGUGCCUCAUAUAGUUAAGUUAUACAACAAUGGAAAUGUUACCUGCAUUUAGAAUAUUUGUAUCACUGUGGCGAAGGACUGGAAGACAUUUUAACAAUUAAUGCAUUAAGUAUGUUAAUUGUGUAGAUAUAGAAAAAGCGAUACAUCAGCUCGCAAACCAAGGAUGGCACGCUCAGAACGACAACUUGCAAUUAUUUGGCUGCGACGGCUGCGGUAAAAGGGGCGGAGUUUUUUUUUUUGGGGGGGGGGGGGUUGUUAUAAUGGUCAGAUAAUAAUAUGUUGUGUAAAAUUGCUUAAUCUGGAAAAACAUAUUUGGUAAUUAUUGUAGCCAAAUGUUUGUAAGUUAGAAAAAAAUAUUGUUAUUUAGAAUUUGUUAAUGAAUUGUUGUUAACGUUGUUGUAUUUGUGUUUUGAUUUUAUACAUUGUUUAAUUGAAUUUUCUGCAUUCACCUUGGCGUUCAUCUGCUAUUUAUAUAAAUCCUAAUUGAAAGUGAAAAUGUAUUAUUGCAUGUAAAUCCUGUAAAGCAAAUAAAGUUAUAUGCAAGAAAAUUGAAUUUAAGUCAAGC